AUGAGCAUUGGCGAUCAUAGGCUUGUGUCGUUCAUUCAGUGGCUCUACAACUGGGCCGACGUCAACAGCAUCAUUGGGGUUGCAAACGCGCUACAGGCCCUGGACAAAGCAACGAAAGGCAAUGAGAAGGAAAUGAAGAGCAGGGAGCAACAGGGAGCUAACCAGCAGGGUGACGAAAAGGACGCCGAAGCCUGGUUCAAGCGUGUCAAGGAUGAGGCCAAUCAACUCGCAAAGAAGGCGCUGUCCCGCAUCCCCGUGGACCACACCAUCGGCAUUGACCGGCGGACCUUCCCGACUGCAAGUGGGAUGGGUCGAUGA